ACUAACAUAACAACAAGUUCAUAUAUAACAUCUUUUUACGAACUAUUUUCUUACUAAGAAAUUCUGCACCGCCAUCGCUUCUCUGCUCCGCCAUUAUCACUGCCGUUAGAGGAUGAAGGGGACGAUUUCGGACGAAAUAGAGGUGAAUGUGCCUGCAAAUGUAGCAUGGGAACUCUAUGGCACGUUACAUCUAUCUAGGUUUAUUGUGCAAGAGUUGCCUAAUGUUCUUGACAAAGUUGAUGUUAUUGAAGGUGAUGGUAGUACUGGAACUGUACUCAAAAUCACUUUUCCUCAAGGUACACCAGGAAUACCCUAUUUCAAGGAGAGACUCAACAUAGUGGAUGAUGAGAAAAGAUACAAGCAGUCUGAGGUGAUUGAAGGUGGAUAUGUUGAUCUUGGCUAUGUAUUUUACGGAAUUAGGUUUGAGGUGAUUGAGAAAGAUGAAAAGUCAUGUGUUACAAAAUUUACAGUGAGUUAUGAAGUGGAAGAUGUGAAGCUUGCAAACCAUGCAUUUACCAUGGUUGAGCCACUGCAGACUGUUAUCAAAUCUGCCAAAACUUAUCUAAUUGCCAAGUCAAAGAAUUGAGUCUCUCAUUUGAUCAUCUAAUCAAGAUGACCAAAUUUCCAUUUUUAUUUGUAUCAAAUUCAACGGCAGUACUUCAGUUGGCCAGAUAGAAGAAACUUCUCUAAUUGAUUUGAUGCAAGAAUAAUAUUAUCAUCUUCUUGUCAGUUUGCUGUCUUUUUUCCUAUUUUAACUUUUAAAGAAAUUCCAUUGGAUCAUUCUUCUCAUGAAAGUUGGUGAUCUUUGCUCA